GCUGUGAGGCUUUAUCGCAUCUAUGUGGAAGCCUCUGUCCUCCCUCCCCUCUCUCCACCCCUCUCUCUCCCUUCUCAGACAAGGGGCGGUCGUUCUCAGUCUGCGCACAUAUUCCACUUGGCCAGCAUCACUUGGACUCCACAGACACAGCGCUGAUUGAAAGAGCGGAGGGGAGCUCCUUUUCAGAGCGCACGACUGUGUUAGAAGGGCUUCACUAGACUGUCACCGGUCAGAGGCAGAGAGCGGGAGAGACAGACAGAAAGAAAAGCCAUUUCAACCACGCCUUUAAAAGUAAAUAACCCUCAGAAAAAGGAGACAGGGUUAUAGGAUUUUUGCCAAACUAGCCUUGCUUGAGUUUUUAAAAGGGAAAGUGUUUUUUUGGGAAGAGGGACUCUCUUGGGGAAACCGAUCAGCGGUAAGAUUCCUCUGCCCGCUUCUCUCCGUGCGUAAAAUAAAAGUUUAGCACAUCAAGGAGAUAAUUUAAGAGGUCUGGGAGCUCAGAAAACUCUCCAUUACACUUCCCGGGAAUUGUAAAGCUCCCACCGGACGCCCGCUGGAGGAGGAUUUAAAUAACUUUUGGUGGAAAGAUACGAAGGCGGGUCGGUCUAACGGAGAGCCGAGGAAUCCUCUUCGCUUAGACGGGAGGAGUGCGCGCGGCGCGGGUAGCAGAUUGACCCAAAGGACGGCACCUCUGAGACAAGGUUAUGACGGAACUGAGCUGAACAUGGAGCUUUUCUGGAUUUUGUUAUUUUCUAGUGUCUAUCCUCUUGCCUGGGGCCAAGGAGUUUACGCUCCAGCCAACGCCCAGAUCGUGCACUCAGGCGAAGCGUGUAACGUCAAGGAUGAUAACAUCAGUGAGAGAAUCUACACCAUCAAAGAAGGAGACACACUAGUGCUUCAGUGUAUUGUUAAAGGACACCCACGGCCACAGGUACGGUGGACGAAGACGGCUGGCAGUGCAUCAGACAAGUUCCAGGAAACAUCACUCUUCAACGAGACGCUGCGCAUCGAGUACAUCCAGAGGUUUCAGGGGGGUCGCUACUACUGCAAGGCCGACAACGGGGUGGGGGUGGCUGCCAUCAAGUCCAUCCGCGUAGAUGUGCAGUACCUUGACAAACCUGUUCUGACGGUGCACCAGACCAUCAGCGAUGUGCGUGGCAGUUACUACCAGGAGAAGACGGUGUUCCUGCGCUGCACCGUCAACUCCAACCCUCCCGCACGGUUCAUCUGGAAACGUGGGAGCAUGCUCAUCGAACAGAGCAAGGACAACGGAGUGGACAUCUACGAACCGCUUUACACUCAGGGUGAGACCAAGGUGCUGAAGCUUAAAAACCUCAGACCCAAGGACUUUGCCGAUUACACGUGCCAGGUGUCCGUCCGCAACGUGUGUAACAUCGAAGACAAGUCGGUUACCUUCAGGCUCACAAAUGCCACAUCUCCCCCAAUGAUCCGGCUGUCAGUGAAUGACACGGUGGUGGUGGAUCCCGGACAGGAUGUGCCCUUAAACUGUGAGGUGACAGCAGGUUUUCCCCUCCCCACUGUGGUGUGGUCACGUUACCCCAGAUCCCUUCCCCUCAGCGCCCAAGUUCGAGGGCCAACGUUGAUUCUGCGAGCUGUCACCCCGGCUGACGCAGGUUUCUACAACUGCACGGCUGUCAACAAUGUGGGCAACCCAGCACGCAAGAACGUCAAUCUCGUUGUCAGGACAAUGAGCAACCUGACUUUCCAGAUUACACCAGACUCCAACAAGGACAGCGAGACCAUCCAGAUGGGUCGGGACCUCAAGCUGUCGUGCCACGUCGAUGCCACCCCACAGGACAAGGUCAACUACACCUGGUACAAGAACGGUGCACCUGUCUUCAACUCGGAUAGCCUGAUCUUGUUGCGCAGUGACCCAGACAUGGCACCCGGCACUAGUAGCUUGGAGAUUGUGGACAUGAAGUUCAGGGACUUGGCUACCUACAGCUGUGUGGCGAACUUCCCAGGCAGCAGGGGGCUGGAGCUCCGUGUGGAUGUCAACAUCUCUCAGAACAGUGUCUCUCCUCCAAUGCUGUCGGUUCCACCAGGAGGUCAGGUGGUCAGUGUGCGCGAGGGAGGUAACGUUGAGCUGGUGUGCUUGGUGGUAGAUGGCAAACCACGUCCACCUAUACUCUGGUCACGGGCAGAAAAAGACCUGCUAAUGCCAUCAGGGAGGACAAUGAUGGAGACCCCUGAUGGUCGCUUGAGACUGAAGAACGUCAGUCGGGACAUGAUGGGGGCGUACCGGUGCCAGACCGCUCCAUACAACGGGCUUAACAUCAAACGCAGGGAGGCACAGGUCCAACUCAAUGUGCAGUAUCCUCCAAUACUGGACCCAGUCUUCCAGGAUGCGCGUUCGAGGAACUAUCAGAUGGUGAUCCUGAGGUGUACCAUCAUGCGGUCAAAUCCGCCACGCCUAACAGACAUCCGCUGGUUCCGUAACGGCGACUUAAUCCGCAUGCCCAUGCCAGACCUGAAGGAGACGCCGGAGCUGAAGUUUAAGCUGGAACCCACCAACAAUGGCUCUUAUGAGUGCCGAGUCAGCAACAGUGCAGGGACAUCAACAUGCACAUUUAAUGUCUCUGCACAACCUUACAAUGCUGAAUUCUACUUCGACACACCCAAUCCAGUGCGAAUUCUAAAAGGAAACAACUAUUCCUACAACCUGCAGUGGACACAGAAAGAUCCUGAGGCUACGGAUCGUAUCAUAGGCUACUGGGUUAAUGUCCGAAAGAACAAGCAGAAUGUGCUGUCGAAGCAGAUAGACCUCAAGGGCAAGGAGCCAGAGAAGGGUGUGCUCAUAUCCAACACCAUAUCAGACCUGAAAAUCCCUCUGUCCUACGAGGUCCGACUGGCCCCCAUCACCACCUACAGCACUGGGGACUACGUCAGUCGCAUCAUACAGUACUCAGAACCCUACACCUACCCAAGGCCUUCAGAUCAUGUGUGUGGUUUUGAGGAUGACAGGAAUUGUGGUUUCUCUCAAGACCGGAGUGAUAUCUUUGAUUGGACGAGACAAAAUCACCUGACGCAGAAUCCCAAGCGAUCUGCCAACACCGGCCCCGAGACUGACCGCAGUGGAACCAAGGAAGGGUUCUACAUGUACAUUGAAGCGUCACGGCCGCGUGUUCAGGGGGACAAGGCUCGUCUGCUUUCCCCACUUUUCAAUGUGACCUCAGUGAGGGGCCCCAAGGGCUCUGGCAGAGUCCCAUACUGUGUCUCUUUCUACUACCACAUGAAGGGCAAACAUAUCGGCACUCUCAAUGUGCUCCUGAGAGUGAGAAGCAUUGCCUCUGUGGACUCGGUGGUGUGGAUGAAGUCUGGUCAUCAGGGCCCAGACUGGAGGAAAGCAUUCUUCGACAUCAGCCCCAGCGGACCCUUCCAGAUUGUGUUUGAAGGAAUUCGAGGCCCGAGUUUCGAGGGAGAUAUCGCCAUCGAUGACGUGUCCAUCACCUUAGGGAAGUGCAAGCAGCAGAACACUGUAGCCAGCGCAGGUAAGACAGAUUUACUUGAUCAAUGUCAGCGUGUCACCUCUUCCUCUCCUACAUCAACCUUCAUUUAUACAUGGACCCUCUCAUGUAUCUCCACUCCCUCGAACCGCAAUCCCCAACGGCCCCACCACCUUAUUCCCCAGACACACCAAAGUGUCGGACACUCAACCAAAGAUGACAAAGGACCUGAGGGAAUAAAAAGAGGGAACAGGGAUUCCAGGAAGAAAGUAAAACAGAGAGAGAAAGUGGGUAAAAUCCUUCUUUUUCACAAAGACCGUCUCCCUUCCGUCCCAACUUUUGGGACCAUGGGAGCAACUGAAUGACAAAGAGACACACGAAGAGGAACUGUUAAAUGAAUGAAUGAAUAAGCAAAUGACUGCUGAGUAAAGGACGAACCAGAAACAGAGGAAAAAAGAAGUGUGCUCCUGGUAGCGUCUCUGCUUGCCCUCUGUUUGCCACAAGAGACAAACCUCAGUACGGAAUAUACGUGUACAUUUAUCUCUAUAUAUAUUAAAUAUAACAAAAUUGAAACUAAAACACAAGUAGGACAGUGGAGGACUUUACAAAGUGAAAUUAAAGAAGCACAACAUUUAUACAACCUCUGCUGUUCCUUUGGGUUUUAUUCUACUUAUUAUGUGAUGUUGCAAUUUGUCAGACCUAUUCAAUGUUUUUGAUAUUUUGCUUUCCAGUUUUGUUUAAGGGUCAAGGGCAAUGGGUAAUAAAGUAUUAUAUUAAUAUUUAUGAGAAGGAGAGAAAGACAAAUUGUGAUCCAGAACCUGAAUUGAGGUGGAGAGAAAGGCAAGGAUGGCCCAAGCCACCUGGAUAGAAACCGCAACGUUUCCUUGCACUUACUGAACACACACACACACACGCACACAUACAAACACACAGUUUUCCUUGCUGACAUCACAGCCAGGCCCUCAGCUCAGCCUCUGCCUCAAAUACAUGUCUCGUCUGUGAAUGACACAUUUAUAAGGAAAACCAUGGAUGGUAGAUGCAACUUUCACAUUUAUGCUCUCAUGCCACAAACUUCUCAUCACUGGAUAUCGUGAUUGAUUAACCCCAACAGAAUAGCUGGACGUGUCUCUAAUGAAGAGAAACACAUGGUGUAGUACAGAAAAGAGCCUGGAGGGAGUUCAUUCGAAUACUUCUUGCUCCAUGGGUGAUUGAAUGUCAUGUAUGAAUUUCCCAUACACAUCUUUCACAUGCAUGAAAGAUGGAAAAGAUUGUCAGUAUCUGGCGGGUGUGCAGCGUGGAUUGCAUAUCAGAUUCUCUGUCAUUGUUUAUUUAGAGUUAAAUGUCUGUAGGGUAAACUGUUUUUUUUUCAUAAUCCUAUAGAUAUGAUUGUUAAAGUUAAGCAAUACUCAUAUCUAUACAUCUAUACACAAUAGUUUAUGAUUGCGUUUAAGAUGGCAGGUCAGUCUGCAGAAACACCAUCUUCUCCAAAGCACAUCGUAAUGGGUACUUUCAUCAUUUGUCAGUUUUGUUUUCUUAUUAAUAACUAAAGUUGUAGCUAUUUUAGUCAUUCGGGGGGUAGAUAGCCUGUUUGCAUUGUGCUGCAUCAUGCUUCAACGUAUCUCUAAAAAGCUCCCCAUUCACCAGUCCCCCUGCUCCAGUAACCUGUGUAUAAUAAUCUGCUUCAUUACCAUGUGAAUCAUGUGAACACCUUAUGUACUUUUGUCUGUGUCGUGUCACGUUGAUUUGAACAUUGCACUUGUUUUUUGGGGGGUUUUGUUAUUUUUGUUUCUUUAUUGUGGUCGAUGCAAAUUGUAUUAUUGAUUUUGUAAUCAUAAAUAGUAAAUAACAGAAGUAAUGUGCCUAUUUGACUUACCCAGUCAGCUGGGAGUGGCAAUUUCUAUGUUAAGCUGGCACUGAUGUUCUCGUAUGUGUAGAACAUCAUUCUGUAUCAUUGCCAGAUCAAACAAAGCAGCGUAAGGCAUGUUGGACAAAUCUGUGAAACUCCACUGACCGUAGUGUAGUAUAAGAAUAUGGAAGCCUACUGAAGGAAAACUCUCCAUAUUCCUGUAUCUUCGCUUUAUCGCUGUCAUCAUACAUUUGCUUUGGCACGAUGAGUGCACCCGAUGGCAGGUUGUACCUGAAUGAUACAAACUAUUUUAGAAGUUUUCACAAUUUGAGUGACAUGCUUUCCUGUAAUGUAGCUUGGUCAAUCUGCAAUCAUAUACUCUAAAGCUAAGCUGAACAUAUUUUCAUCUUUUUGUAAUAUCCUCAAAAUGCCUCUGUCAUUCUCCAAAAACACAACUUAGCAAAAAGGGUUUGUAGGCAUUCCUUGCAACACCUCCAAUUCCAUCUGCUUAUGUAGGUGAAGGAAUUGGCUACAUGUGGUAUUUAUAUCAGCUUAAGUUGUACAGUAUCAUAAGCAUUACUCAGCUCUAAAGCAGCGUUACCCAUAUAAUAAAUACAUUUCAGAAAUAUCAUUAAGCAUUGAUGUGUCAGACAUUUCAUUGUGCUUAUUGUCAAACCAUCCCUCUUAUUGCCCUAUAUUUCAAUGGCAGUAGUAACAGGGGAAACACUACCAUUGUCAUCAUUGCUUUUGGACAUGUGACAGCUGCAAAUCAACAGACAGAAUACUGUGGAAGUCUUAAGAUGCAUUGUCUGUUACCUUUGUUCUAUUUCCCAAAAACACAUUGGUUGUGUUUAGGCUUUGUAUGACAAUUUAUGUUCAAGUUCAAACAUUGCAUUAUUUCACCAAUGCGAGAAUAGAAUAUCAAAGCAUAACGUUCACCAACCCAUUGCUUAGCUUUCCUAUUGUCAUUGUGUUGACCAUUUAAGCAACAAACUGUCAUUUUUACCAAUGCGUAUUAAAGUAUGUGGCAAUAUGGGAAGGUGGGGAAGUAACUGGCACUGUAUCCAUUGACUUCUUCAUGAUAGAGCAACAUUUGUUUUUGCUUUUUCCAAAAAAUGAUUCUGACUUUUUUCCAAACUGGCGCACCACAGUCAACUCUGAGUCAUGAUAAGCAGUGUUUGAGACCCAGUACGACCGUCCUAAUGGACUCUUCAAGAGAACGUAGAUCAAUCAAUUGUCACUUUAUUUUCUUCUUUAUACAAACCAUUUUAAAUAUGGUUUAGUAAUUGCCAUUUUACAAUAUUUAGAGUAUAAUUGCACCUGUAGCAACGCUUCAUUUUGCUUGUGCCGUAACUCGGACAAAAGUGAGGUUUGCAUAUAUCUUCCAGAGUAAAAUCCCAUGCUGAAUCAUUUAUAAUUCAAUUGAUAUGUAUUAUUUCAGUAAAAAAUAACAGAAUCAUGUGCUUCAUUUGUUUCAAAAUAACAUCUGUGAAUAAAACGAAAAUUAAAAAAGCAAAGAAAUGAAAAGCUUUUGUCAAUAAUAAGAAUAUAUCGCCUCGGUGACAUGCUUUGGUGGCAAACAAACAACUAUCUUAAACAUGUAGAUCACAUGCUGUAUGUCAGUUUGCAUACAACAGAAAUGUAAUGAAUCUGACUGAUAUUUUUGAGUUCAAGAGGAAGUUGAAGGUCUAUCAAAACACACUGAUUACUAACAAUUGAACCACACUACAUUUUUUUUUAAAUCCUUUCCUAACCGAUAACCAGACUGUAAUGUGAGGGAUUGUCCAAAAGACACUUACUGUACAUCUGGUAGACCGAAGGAGCCUCCAGAUUUGAUUUUAAUUAUUUCAAAUCCCGUUUUAAAUGAUGUUGAUGAAGACAAACCAAAGACAAGACAACUAGCUAAGAGUUUACCACAUAAAUUAGUCAUGAAAAUGACCUAAACAGUCUAUCCCAUAAUGUUACAUUUAGGCCUAUCUCUUUCAGUAGCAAUUCUCUAACGUGUUGUUAAGUCAGUAAAACACCAGGGCUCCAAAAUGAAGAGUCCAUUAAAUGUGAGCAACAUUUCCUCUUCUAGUUAGCAGCAUGCUAAUUCAUCUGUUUACUGAGCCCCUUUAGAGCUGCACAUGUUCACAUACCAGCCCAGUAUAAUGGCUGUUUGUGAGAUAGUAAUGCAAUAUAUCGAGCACAUGGACACGAACUGUCCUUUUUUUUCUGUGUAGCGCAGCACAAAAACAAUUCUCUAAUGUGUUGGACACGCGCAUCCUCGCGAUUAUGCAACAGUCAGAGCUAGUGACGUAGAAUUA